UUUUACCAGGAGUUUGUCCACGCAGGGCAGGGGUUUUACCCGGGAUUGGCUGGACUGUAAAUAUAAGUCCCCGCUAUUCCUCGGACCUGUGGCGCCGUGGUUACAGUUGACUGGUGCAUAACUUACAUGAAAAAUAACGAUAACUAACAACUGACCUUUAUAAACACUGUACAUGUACAUGCAACGUCGCUACACAGUGAACAUAUCUUAAUCGAAACUAGAUGUCUUUCGAUUGAUAAUAUUUUACCUGAAGGUGAAUGCAUAGUUUACUAUACUAAAACGAAAGUAGAUUGAUAUUUGUAUAUUCACAGCGGAUGAACAGGUGCGGAAGAUUUAUACAAGUUUUAUACAUAAAGAGGAUAAACACUUAACAAGAAAACCAUGACUAACGGAGGAAUUGAAGAUAAUCCGCAGGAAUGUGGUAGUGACGCCGUCGGUGGAAGGUUCGGGAGCAAGUGUGAACCUUGUCGUCACCGGGACAGGUCAGAGGUGGCUUCGUUGUUUUGUAAUACGUGCAAAAUGUAUAUGUGCGGUGACUGCUGUGAUGUUCACAAGGUGCACAUGAAAAACGUAGAUGGACAUGAAAUCGUGGCUGCCAAAGAAGCCUGUGACAAGGCAGAAUUCGAUAUGAAGGGACUGGAUCAGUGUUGCGAACAUAAACGUGUGUUCAUGUUUCACUGUGAAGACCAUGAGAAUUUGUGUUGUGAAAUAUGUGCAUUUUCUAAUCAUCGUAGGUGCGACAAUAUCCAAGAAAUAGCGAAGGUGGCUAAGAAUGUGAAAGAUGAUGAAAGGGAAAAGAUACGUGCAUCCAUUAUUACUGCCUCAGAUGUUAUCAAGAAAUGCGAGGAGGAUCAAUUGAACAACGUUUCGCGAGUGGACGAAAUCGUAAAACAAAUUGACAUCUACAAGGAAGACUUAUUAAAGAAAAUUGAGGAAGCCAAGGCGCGAAUUGUCAGCGAAAUGACUGACCAUAACACACAGGAUAACGAACGUCUAAAUACGAGGAGAAAUGCGGCUGAAAACCUGAAGAAAGAACUUGACACGCACUUGGCAAUGUCAGAUAGCGUUCGCGAGAAUGGAACGGAAACGGAAAUAUUUAUUCUAAACCACAUUCUCAAAAGGACGCAUGACAAGGCAUCACAAACACUGAACACUUUGUUGAAGAAUGAUUACACCGUCAAAGCGGAACUAAGAAUCAACGAAAACAUUUUAAAGAUAAAAAACACUGAUGUCGCAUUAUUCUCAUUAAAUAAAACACAAGAGCUCAAAUCACAAUCAUUAAAUGAAGACAAAGUAAUUAAGACAGCAAAAAGCUCUACAGAUGGUAAACAAACAAACCAACAAAGGCCUGUGAGUCUGGAGCUGUUGAAAACCAUGGAGCUCGUAAAGGCAGAAGACGACAAGGAGGAGCCGUUUGUUACUGGGCUUGACUUCCUGCCGGAUGGGAGGAUAGUCGCCGUUGAUAGCAAGAACUGUAAAUGUUCUAUCUUGAGUGAAUCACUGAAGAGGUUUGGCAAAUCUUAUAAAUAUAAGACAUAUCCUAGGGACGUAACUUCUUACUCUGACUGCAAUAUAGCAGUAACCUUAAAUGGCCGAAUCAUAUGCCUGCUGACAGUUGGCGUUGACAACACGAUCACGCUGAUGAAGACGCUGACCCCGUCCACCAACUGCUACUCCAUCUGUCCCCUGAACGAUCGCACGUUCGUGGUGAGCACUUCUGGCGACCCGCGGCCUGCCAGGAAGAUCGACGUGGACGGUAAGGAGAGCGACUUUGAUAACAUGAAGUUUCCUGGAAAGACGUAUAAGCGUGGUGAAAGUAACUGUACCUACAUACCAUCCCGGGAUGUUCUUGUCCUUACUGACAGGCAUGCUCACACCGUUUAUAUGUACAACACGGCGACCGGCAAGAGCAGCGAGGUAAACGAUUGCCGUAUACGAGAACCGAAAGGCGCCUGUGCUGACCCAGAUGAAUCCGUAUUUGUUUGCAGUGGGAAAACAAACUCCGUCAUCCAGUUAUCACCCGACGGGGACAUAUUGGCGUCAUGUGACGUCCACAUGGAUGGUCCGUAUGCCGUUGCCGUCUCCAGGGAUGGCUCGAGAAUGGCCAUGGUAAAUUGUGCAAAAGGCGUGAAAGAACUUAAACUGUUUAAAAUAAUACAAUAAAAGUAUUUUUUGUUAAGAUCGGAUAUAGAUACAAGUGUUAAGUAUUUUCUAUUUUAAAAGUAAAUAUAUUUAUAUUUAUAUAUUUUGUAAAUAUGAUUCUUGUAGUUGUACAAUGUAUUUUUUAAUCAACGACCAUUAUUGGUCUUUUUUUAUAUGUUUAUAAGAUAAAUAUGUUUCUGAAUAUAAUUGAUUUAAUAAUGAUGAAACACAUCUAGGAAAAACUAUCGCACUCAGAUUCGAACACAAUUCCUAACAUUCUUAAUGAAACGCCUUCCAGAAUUAUACUAUUGUAUUUACUGAAGUGUAAGAGAAACAUUAAAAAUCAAAAUACAUGUCCUCAAUAGAAAUAAAUAUUAUUCAACUGUUGUGUAUUAUUGUAUUGCAUGUAUAAGUAUACUAUCAGUUUUCAGGUGCGAGUCGUUCAGGAUGCUGAUUUUGCUACUUAAAUUAUAUUAAACUCGCGCUUCCCGUUCGUGUAUCAUUUCAAUCACCAUGGUAGUGAUUGCAUGACUUAUGGUUGAAUUCCAGGUUAUUAUGCUAAUAAUUAUAAUGUCAUGUCAUAUGAUAUAUUUUAUAUAAUUCAUUUAACAGUUUUGCACAUUUCAAUACUCUUAGCCUAUACAAUUAACUUUGAAUCUAUAACUCAUGAUUUCACUCUUGUUAAGCACGUGAUUGUACCCCUUAUAAGCUCCUGAUUUUACUCCUAAUAAGCUUCUGAUUUCACUGCUGUAAAGCUCUUGAUUUCACUCCUGUUAAGGUUCUGAUUUCACUCCUGUUAAACUCAUGAUUUCAAUCAUGUUAAGCUCCAGAUUUAACUCCUAAAAAGCUCCUGUUUCACUGCUGUUAAGCUCCUGAUUUACUGCUGUUAAGCUCCUGAUUUACACCUGUUAAGCUCCAGAUUUAACUCCUAAAAAGCUCCUGUUUCACUCCUGUUAAGCUCCUGAUUUACUCCUGUUAAGCUCCUGAUUUUCUCAUACUAAGCUCCUGAUUUCACUGCUGUUAAGCUCUUGAUUUCAAUCCUGUUAAGUUUCUGAUCGCAAUCCUGUUAAGCUUCUUAUUUUACUCCUGUUAAGCUCCUAAUUUCACUCCUGUUAAGCUCCUGAUUUUUGUCAUGUUAGGCUCCUGAUUUCACUCCUGAUAAGCUCCUGAUUUUACUCCUGACAAACUAAUGCUUUUCUCCUGAUAAGCUUUUUAUUUUACUCCUGAUAAGCUCCUAAUUGUAUUCCUGUUAAGCUCCUGAUUUUAAUCAUGUUAAGCUCCUGAUUUUACUCCUGUCAAGCUCCUAAUUUUACUCAUGAUAAGCUCCUGAUUGCACUCCUCAUAAACUCCUGAUUUUAUUGCAGUUAAGCUUCUGAUUUUACUCCUGAUAAGCUUCUCAUUUCACUCUUGAUAAGCUCCUGAUUUUACUCCUGAUAAGCUAAUGUUUUUACUCCUAAAACCUCUUGUGUUUUUUCCUGAUAAAUUUCUGAGCUCAAUCCUAAAUUCUACUACUGUAACUGUAAAUUUUCCCGCCAGUUAUUUUUCUUCUUGCUUCACGUUAUUAUUAUUCCUUGCCUUUUUUAAAAACAGUCUGUUUGUUCUAAAUAGUCACUUUAUUGACAUUAUUGCUUGUGAGAUGUAUAUCGAUUAAUUUAGUGUACCUUAGAAUAUUUAGA